AUGUCCCAGACACCCUCAGCCCAGACACUACGUUACCCAGACACCCUCAGCCCAGACACUACAUCACCAAGACACCCUCAGCCCAGACAUUACGUUACCCAGACACCCUCAGCCCAGACAUUACGUUACCCAGACACCCUCAGCCCAGACACCCUCAGCCCAGACACUACGUUACCCAGACACCCUCAGCCCAGACACUACGUUACCCAGACACCCUCAGCCCAGACACUACGUUACCCAGACAUCCUCAGCCCAGACACUACGUCGCCCAGACACUACGUCGCCCAGACACUACGUUACCCAGACACCCUCAGCCCAGACACUACGUCGCCCAGACACUACGUCAUCCAGACAUCCUCAGCCCAGACACUAUGUUGCCCAGACACCCUCAGCCCAGACACUACGUUACCCAGACACCCUCAGCCCAGACACUACGUUACCCAGACACCCUCAGCCCAGACACUACGUUACCCAGACACCCUCAGCCCAGACACUACGUUACCCAGACACCCUCAGCCCAGACACUACGUUACCCAGACACCCUCAGCCCAGACACUACGUUACCCAGACACCCUCAGCCCAGACACUACGUUACCCAGACACCCUCAGCCCAGACACUCACGUUACCCAGACACCCUCAGCCCAGACACUACGUUACCCAGACACCCUCAGCCCAGACACUACGUCACCCAGACAUCCUCAGCCCAGACACUACGUUACCCAGACACCCUCAGCCCAGACACUACGUCACCCAGACACCCUCAGCCCAGACACUACAUUACCCAGACACCCUCAGCCCAGACACUACGUUACCCAGACAUCCUCAGCCCAGACACUACGUCACCCAGACAUCCUCAGGGAAUUAAGAUAACACUGCUCUCACUCUAUUCAGGUACUUUCUCUAGAUUCUGAGACCUAGCAGUGAUCUAUAGCUAUUUCAGUUAUUAUGAUUAUUUCAUAUUUUUUAUAUUACUUUUGUAUUAUUAUUCACUGUAAAAAGAAAAUGUCAAGUGUCCUGAAAAGUUACUUUAAUUUUGUCUUCUUUUGUUUUCUCCCUUGGUCCCUCUUAAAAAACAAAUGUAAUUAAAUUUUAUAAAAUGUAGAUUAAGUUCCCAAAUCUAAUGAAUGUCUAUCUACUUCUCAGCUCAGGUGGAGAGGGUCCUCAAAGCACGUAAACUGCCCUCUCUACGCACUGUGCCUCAGUCUGUGGCUUAUAUACUGGGGACCACGUAGUGGCUACUUAACACUGCCGUAAGGCUACAUAACACUGUCAUAAGGAUGACAUAGCAGGUCCUAGAUGCUUAUGACAAGCUACUGUACCUUAUAAGCUGACAUGGCACUUUGACUGCCACCUCAUUCGAAGUGUAACCUUCUAUCCCUCUCUUACAAACACAACACCUCUGAACACAACAGCGUGAGUACUGCCUUCUGGCUCACCUGCCAAUCAAUCAAACGUCAGCGUUAGCGCUGUAAUCUUCUCAGAACAUCAACAACUCACCUCACAGAACCGUCUGACCUAAACAAAAGGCACCUCUGGAACUUGUAAAACCACAGUCAUCAAGGUGAGGGAGAAACUAUCAUCCACAGCCCGCCAGUCAACUGAAAAGUCAUUUUAUUCGCAGUUCCUUUGAAGUUUUGCGACAAAAAUGAAAAAUGUAUAGAUCAGUUGGCUUGUUUUGUUUGCAGCUUUUUGUGCUUGUUUUGUUCAUAGUGCUGCUGAGUGGUUGAUGAUGGAUGACUAGCUGGCUUGCUGUUGUAUGGGACUUCUGGUAAGCUAUUCUGGUAAGCCUACGUACAUCUUUUGUUGCGUACCUGUACUAACCUGGUGAUACGUUUUCAAAAUAACCUUCUGACUUUGGUUGAUCGUUCUUCAUAUUUUGCAUUUGAACUUGGCAAUCCUUCUUUAUAUAUUCGUUAUGUUUGGUGCUGGCGUUGGUGCUGGUGUGGUCUGGUGCUGGUUUGUGAUGCCUGCGAUGGAGAUAUCAUUUUGGUCGGUGUUCUUAAAAAGGUUUUCAAACGCUGGGUGUCUGACUUCUUUAGAUAGCCCUAUUGCAGGUAUGAUCCGAGACUGGUUUAUUCUUAAUGAAUGAAAUACUUCUACUUACUUACUUGGUGACUUUUCCUAGCUAAGGCUUUGCUAACAUAACUCGACUUUCUAACAGGCGAACUGAUGCCCUCUAUUCAGGGCCUGGUGUUUCCUCUGUAUUUCCGAGAGCGAUUUCUGGGUUUGUUGAUAUACCUCAUGCUAUCCAGAUGGAGUAGAUAGGGGGCGCUGUUGUUGUGGAAAGCAAUGUCUCGCCCCCUGUUAUAGAACGGUUCCUUAUAGCUCGUUUUUAUACUCGGUUCUUUCUGUGAGUCCAACGCGUACCUCACACCCGGAAGGCUUUCUCUCUCUUUCUCCAUAAAAACUGGAAUGAACCUCAUUUGUUUCAAUAUCUACUGCUGUUUACAGUUUGGGCAGAACAUUGUAUAAUUUCAAUAUUUUUCUCUUACUGUAAUUUUUGUUUAUGAACAUUUAUCAAUUUAUUUUGUACUGUGUGAGUUGGAGUUUUUAUUCUAGGCUUGUAUGAUUGGUCGAUGUCCGUUUUAAUUGAGCACUUAAAAGACGAUCACAUUAAUUGUGUUUGAUUGAUUGGUUGAUUGAAUGAUUGGUUGAUUGAAUACACUUUGUUUUCCCCAUUUUUUUUUAAUGCAAAAUCAGAUUUUAGUAAAUGGGCUAAUGAAAUAAUAAAAAGUCUCCUAAUGUGAUAACAAAAAAAUCUAUAAAAAAAUCUGUGGUCUGUUAUUUGUUUUUUUAUUUUGCAUUGAACUUCGGGCUGAUUAGAUCCGUCUUUGUGCAUGUGUAAAAAAAAAAUAUUUUACUGGUUAUGUUAUUAUUGAAAUUUGGAAUAAAUGCCAUUUUGGCAACACAUUUCAGCUGUACCGUUCUGUAAGGUGGUAUGAUGCUAGAGCUUCUUUUCAAAACCACUAUUCUUCUAAUAAAUUUUGUUGUGAAAAUAA